ACCCACAUCAUGGACUUUGCCCCUGAGGGCAGAUCAGACCCGACAGAGGGCUUAUGGGUUAAAUAAAUCACCUAUUGCACUAAAGCAACAAUUUUUUGGUGUGCUUCUGAAUUUUUCCCUAUUCAGACCCGACAGAGGGUGAUUGUUUGUUACUCAGGGACGGGUGAGGACUUGGCUUGGGACCAAUGGCAAUGGCUCCUGUAACUUUGAGGCCAGUUUAUCUCCUGGCAGCCUUGGAUGUCUCCUGUUUGUUCAUGCAGUUUACUGUCACCCCGUAUCUGGCAAAGAGUCUCGGCUUGGACACCGUUGGGUUUGGUUACCUGCAGACUGUUUUUGGGAUUCUGCAGCUUGUUGGAGGACCAGUUUUUGGCAGGUUUUCCGAUCAGUAUGGUGCACGAGCUGCUCUUGUCCUUUCCUUUUUGUCUGGCUCACUGCACUUUUUCAUCCUCAUCUUUGCAAACAACAUACCAGUCCUGUUCUUAUCCCGCCUCCCGUCUGUCUUCAUGCACGGUCUACCAGGUGCUCAGAUGGUCGUAACUGACCUGACCCCAGUGGAGGAACGAGCCAGUGCCUUGGGAAAGCUUGGGCUUUGUUUUGGUUUAGGAAUAAUCACUGGAUCCUCUCUGGGUGGAUUUCUUGCUUCCCGAUUUGGGAUUUAUACCCCUACUUGGGUGGCCCUGGCAGCCAAUCUCCUGUGCUGUGUGAUUGUGAUGGUCUCAAUUCCUGCAGAGACAAAGAGGAGACAGGACAGACCAAGCGCUCGGCCAGACACAUCUGAGUCCUCUGGGGUGUUUAGCUUAACGGAACUCAAGCGCCUGCUCAGCAUUCCAAACGUCAUGCCAGUUUUCAUGAUGAAAGUCCUUUCUGGAUUUCCAAUAGGGAUUUUCAUGAUAAUGUUCUCCGUAAUCUCAGUGGAUUUCUUUGGGUUGAAUGCAGCCUCCUCUGGGUACUUAAUGUCAUAUUUUGGAAUUCUGCAGUUGGUUGUUCAGGGCUUCUUGGUUGGAAUACUUACUAGUCGAUAUUCAGAACAAACUCUGCUUUUAUUGAGCAUGAUCAUCUCUGUGGGAGUUGGAUUUGGAAUGAUACUAAUGACAGGCGUGUUUGAUUUCUGCCUUAUCGCCAUCCCAAUGGUAUUUACCCUGUGUAUGGCUGGGGUUAUCACCGACAGCAUCUUAACCAAAGCAGUUCCACCCUCUGACACAGGUCAGUCAUCCUGCCCAGGUGCAAUACUGGGUAUUUGUGCCUCUGUCCAGCCUUUCACACGCACCAUUGGACCAACCAUUGGAGGAUAUUUAUAUAAACACUACGGAGUCCCAUCUUUUGGGUGUGUAAAUGUUAUAAUUAGCCUGAUUUUAGUCAUCUACCUUUUAAGAGAUCAAGUUAACCAAAGAAAGAAGAAAUAAAAGUUGAGCAGGAAUGAACAGUAACCGCUUUGGACAAUUUUCCUUGCAGAAGUGAUAAACAUCUGAAAUGAAAUUUAGAAUAAAAAUUUAAAUAAG